CUCUUCCAUGUUUACUUCCGGACUGCAAUCCACGUGGUUGGUUGCAACACCACGGAAUUAACGUACACUUUCCCUGCAUUUGCUGCUUCUCUCAGCCAUUAAGAGGAUCGUGGAACUACUCAGAGCAGAUCUGACGAUAAUGGCCGACGUUGAUGAUACGAGUUUAGAAAGGAAAAGUAAAAAGAAGCAAAAGAAGAAAAAGAAGAAGGAACACGAUAUGACGGAAGACGACGUUAUCCGAUCACCGAAAAAACAUAAGAAAAGGAAACGAGGAACCGAUGAGGAUCAUCUUGAAAUCUCUACAGGAGAGAACGGUGAUGAUUGUGAAUUAGAUGAGAAAAAUGUUGAGGUACGUAAAAAGAAAAAGAAGAAAAAGAAAAACAAGGAAAUUGACGAUGAAGAUGAAAUUGGUAUGCCUCCUGCAUUGAAAAAGAAAAAGAACAAAGAAAAAGAAAUUCCAGAGAAAAUUGAAGAGAGUCAUGAGAAAGGAAAUGGCGAGAUGAAAAAGAAACAUAAGAAAAAUAAGAAAAACAAGGAAUCAAGAGAAGAGUUGACUGAUAAUAUUGAAAUUGAUGCAAAUGACAAAACCGAACUUAAGAAAAAAAGACGUUCAGAUGGAAGUGCUAAUGACACUAGUUUCCCUCAGUGUAAAAAGUCAAAGUCAUCCAAAAGUUUGAUAGAAACGGAUACUGUGGAUGACCAGGAAUCUGUCUGUACCAAGAAGAAGAAAAAGAAAAGAAAACAUUCAUCGGAAGAAACCCUACCAAAUGUGGAAAUGUCACCGAAGAAAUCGAAAAAGGACAAAAAAUAUAGUGGUGACAUUGAUACAGUUCAUGAUUCAAAGUCAGCUUCAAAUGGAAAUGUAGACACAUCAAACACAGUUAAAAAUGUCACCGAACCUGUCGUUGGUCAGUGGGGUACAUCAUCGCUCGGAAAUGACGUAAGACAACAGAAAUUCAUUCGGCUUCUUGGAGGCUUAAAGAAAGGUAGUGAUGGCACCAAAUCCUUAGGGACUAAACAAUCCAAAGGCCUUUUUGGAAGUCUAAAAGCAACACCAUCUACCAUGGAUUCGAUUUCUCGUGGAGGAAAUAAAGCCAUGGACGCUUCACAGGAGAAAUUGUAUCUAACAAACAUGGAAAAGGACUAUGAAAGAGCGAUGUCUAUGAAUCUGAAUAGGGGUAUUGGUUUAGGAUUCGAAAAGCCACCUGGUGAAGGCAAGAAGUUCUAUAUCGACACUAAAGCGUCAAAAUCUAUAAAGUUUGAUGAUUGAUGUUCAAUAACAUGUGUUUAGUUUUUGUUGCCAUUUUUCAGUAUUGCAAAAGAUCUUAUGAGUGAUUUCCAUGUAGCGAAGCAAAUAUUACAAGUUGAUUGUAAUUGCACGAAUCCAAUAAAUACGUUAGGUUGUUGUCCAAU